CUCACGAAGGGUCGUGAGCCGGCAUCAUCAGCUUCACCUGGGAACUGAUUACAAAUGCAAAUUUCCUCCGCCCCACCCAGACCCACGCCACUGGCAGCUGUGGAGUGCAGGGCAGCGACGCGCGCGUUAACAGCCUUCCAGCUGCGCAGCCAUCCCGCUCCUCCACCCCGAGCCAUGAAUCUCAGCAGCACCAGCAGCACGGAGGAAAAGGCAGUGACGACCGUGCUCUGGGGCUGCGAGCUCAGCCAGGAGAGGCGGACUUGGACCUUCAGACCCCAGCCGAAGGGGAAGCAGGACUGCAAGCUGUUGCUUCAUACGAUUUGCUUAGGGGAGAAAGCCAAAGAGGAGAUGCAUCGCGUGGAGAUCCUGCCUCCAGGAAACCGGGAGGACAAGAAGACGCAGCCGGUCACCAUCGCCUCACUCCAGGCCUCAGUCCUCCCCAUGGUGCGCCUUUCCAUGCUGGUUGGAAAACUGCCACCAGCCCCAGCCUCACCCUCACCCUUUGGGGGGGAAUGGACACACACGAGGGUCACCAUGGUUGGAGUACAGCUUUCUCCCCCAAUUACUUUCCAACUCCGGGCUGGCUCAGGACCUGUGUUCCUCAGUGGCCAUGAGCGUUAUGAAACGUCAGACCUAACCUGGGAGGAGGAGGAGGAGGAGGAAGGGGAAGAGGAUGAAGAGGAAGAGGAGGAGGAAGAUGAUGAGGAUGAGGAUGUAGAUAUAUCUCUGGAGGAGGAAUCCCCUGUCAAACAGGGCAAAAGGCUGGUGCCCCAGAAGCCGACGAGCGUAGCUAAGAAAAAAAAGCUGGAAAAAGAACAAGAGGAAGUAAGGACAUUUUUGGGCCAGGUGUGGUGGUACACACCUGCAGUCCCAGCUAUUCGGGAGGCUGAGGCAGGAGGAUCACGUGAGCCCGGGAGGUCAAGGCUGCAGUGAGCUGUGAUGGUGUAACUGCACUCCAGCCUGGGCAACAGAGCCAGACCCCAUCUGAAAAACAAAGACAUUUGUGACAAGUAACCAAAGAUGGAAGCCUAAGGAAAACAUACAUGUGCAUGCAUGUGUUCACACACACACACACCCCUUUGUUUAAAAAGAGUCAGAAUGGGCCAGUCGCAAUGGCUUACACCUGUAAUCCCAGCACUUUGGGAGGCCGAGGCCGGUAGAUCAUGAGGUGAAGAGAUCGAGACCAUCCUGGGCAACAUGGUGAAACCCCAUCUCUAUUAAAAAUACAAAAAUUAGCUGAGCGUGGUGGCAUGAGCCUGUAAUUCCAGCUACUCAGGAGGCUGAGCGGGGAGAAUUGCUUCAACCCAGGGGGCGGAGGUUGCAGUGAGCCGAGAUCCCGACACUGCACUCCAGCCUGGGCAACAGAGCAAGACUGUUUCCAACAGCAAUGAAGAGAGUCUGAGUGGUCCCCAGGGUGGGCACUGGGAGGGCUGUGCCACUGGUCUGGAGCUGAGCUCUCUCCCUGACCCCCAUCCCACUCCUGGUCCACUCCACCCUGUUGCAGACCCAGAGUUAGAGACAAGAGCCCUGAGAAGAAGGUGAGUAGGACCAGAGGGUGAGCCCCUGGGACAGGCAGGUGCUCUUUGGGGAGGCUGCCUGGGCUGGAGGAGGGAAUGGGACCCUGGAGCCCUGCCUUCCCUCCACAGGCCAAAGCCAUACCCAGAUCCAAAAAGCCAGGAUUCAAGAAAUGAGGAGCUACGCCUUGGGGGCCACGAUGCAGAGUGGGCCUUCCCCGGCCUCUGCUGCAGGGAGGGGGCACCCCUGCCCCACCCCUGCAUUUGUCUGAAUGUGACAGCGGUAUUGUGGGGGCAACACAAGAGCCCCUCACCCCCAACUCUCCACUUUCAGGAGGCCCCGAGUAAAGACCCCCGCCUCUGGUCACAAUAAAGUUGUCUGGUCAGGA